AUGACCCGUAGCGCCGCAUUACUCACCGAUAACAGUGCCAAGCUUGCCUCUGUAAAAAAGGAGGAGACAAAGGAUGUUAAGAAUAUCUUCGACUCCUCCAUCACCACCUCCUCCCCCUCUUCUUCACGCCAAAAAGAGACAGCUGUAUCCACGCCUGAUUAUCUAAGUGCCAAGUUUGAAGAGCUUGCUAUCGAAUCCUCGGCAGAUGAGCGUCCAAACGCGACCACCGUGAUUGACUAUUUGACUGGCUCUGGGCAAGAGCGCCCAGAAAUUGGUGACAAGCCCCUUGAAACGUGGGUAGUUGAUAACAUCGACAUCACCUCUAAAUUGAUGGAGUUCAGAGCACGAUCCUUGUCACUUGCCAAGAGACUCAAAAACAUUUCGGAUGCCCGUAUCAUGUCUUUGAAUUUCAUCUUUCCCUUUCACGAUGACGUGCUCCCAUAUGAUGGGUUGCCAGAGACCAUUGUCAAGGAACUUGGAAUGGAUCAAGGUUUUGAAGCAGCUGCUGAUCAAAGCAUUGUAUGGUGCCAUCGUGUGCAGCAGGCCAUUGGUAAAGGUAAACAUGCGGUGCGUAGAGAGCUGCAUGAAAUUGAAGGCAAAUUGCUUGACAGCCCACAAGACGAGCAAUCUUUGGCGAUUCUCGAUAUUUUACGUGACACAAGCAUCAAGCUCGCUAACUGGCAACAUGGCAGCAUCACCGAGGAUACCUUUUGCAGACAACAUUUACAAGACUUUAUUGAUCAUUGCAUUAGCUUCAUGAGCGGAAUUCGUUACAGCUGGUCUGGUCGACAACGCUUGCAAUGUGACGCAAAAGGCAAAGCAGCAUCAAUGGCAAUACACUUGCCUGAUUAUAUUGCGUCAAUUCAAACUCGCAGUGAAAAGAUCUUUCACGAUGUCUUUGUCAUCGAGGCUAAAAAGCCCCAUGCCAGCAGCGGUCAACAGCUACUGAAUGAUCGUUGCAAGCUGGCAUUGGAGAUGAAGAAGAUGCUAGAUGCCAUGGUGGAUGCUCGUGUCCCAUCCCCUGUCGUUUGUGGUCUGCUUGUGGAAGGUCACGAGUGUACCAGCUACAAGAUGGAGAUGGUGUCGGAGGCGGUGUAUGCUUUAACAAGACUUGCCGAGUUCAGCCUUCUACGUGGGCAACACGACCUUGCCACCAUUGUUAGCACCGUCCAAUAUUGUUGGCAGCUACGCAACAUCAUUGCUAGCUUGCAAAAACGUGUUCUCGAUGGUGUCAAAGAUGAAUCAAAGGCCUCUUGGAAGCGUCCCCAUUUUGACAAACCCAUCAGAAAGAAUAAAGCAGCUGCAAAGUAG